GGAACCGCUGAGCGGGCCGGCGGCCAUUUUGUGAAGCGGCGAAGGAGGUGGUGACUGCUGUGGGCUCCGGGAAGCCAUUCGGGCUGGGGCUGUCGGCCGCGGGGCGGAGGCACUCGCGCGGGGGGUAACUCGGGUCUGGGUUCGGGUGCCGCGCAACUCUCCCGGUCUAAAAGUUGGUUUUAAUUGGUUGCCCACAGGAUUGACUUGGCCUCUACUUCUUGUUAAGAAAAUACAUCUCUUGUUUUAUCAGAUGGCCCACUGCGUGACCUUGGUUCAGCUGUCCAUUUCCUGUGAUCACCUCAUUGACAAGGAUAUCAGCUCCAAGUCUGACCCACUCUGUGUCCUUUUACAGGAUGUUGGAGGGGGCAACUGGGCUGAGCUUGGCCGGACUGAGCAAGUACGGAAUUGUUCAAGCCCUGAGUUCUCCAAGACUCUGCAGCUUAAAUACCACUUUGAAACAGUCCAGAAGCUCCGAUUUGGCAUCUAUGACAUAGACAACAAGACACCUGAGCUGGGGGAUGAUGACUUCCUAGGAGGGGCAGAGUGUUCCCUAGGACAGAUUGUGUCCAGCCAGAUACUAACUCUACCCUUGAUGCUGAAGCCUGGAAAACCUGCUGGGCAGGGGACCAUCACGGUCUCAGCUCAGGAGUUGAAGGAUAGCCGUGUAGUGACCAUGGAGGUGGAGGCCAGAAACCUAGAUAAGAAGGACUUCCUGGGGAAAUCGGAUCCAUUCUUGGAGUUCUUCCGCCAGGGUGAUGGGAAAUGGCAUCUGGCAUACAGAUCUGAGGUAAUCAAGAACAACCUGAACCCUACAUGGAAGCGCUUCUCUGUUCCCCUUCAGCGUUUCUGUGGAGGAGACCCCAGCACACCCAUUCAGGUGCGAUGCUCAGACUAUGACAGUGAUGGUUCACAUGAUCUCAUUGGUACCUUCCAAACCAGCUUGGCCCAGCUGCAAACAGUCCCAGCUGAGUUUGAAUGCAUCCACCCUGAGAAACAGCAGAAAAAGAAAAGCUACAAGAACUCUGGAACUAUCUGUGUCAAGCUGUGCCAGACAGGGGUCAAUGAGUACCUGACAGCAUUGUGGAGUGUGGGCAGCGUGGUUCAGGACUAUGACUCGGACAAGCUGUUCCCAGCAUUUGGAUUUGGGGCCCAGGUACCCCCUGACUGGCAGGUCUCCCAUGAAUUUGCCUUGAACUUCAACCCCAAUAAUCCCUACUGUGCAGGCAUCCAGGGCAUUGUGGAUGCCUACCGCCAAGCCCUGCCCCAAGUUCGCCUCUAUGGCCCCACCAACUUUGCACCCAUCAUCAACCAUGUGGCCAGGUUUGCAGCCCAGGCUGCAAAUCAGAGGACUGCCUCGCAAUACUUCGUGCUGUUGCUGCUGACCGACGGUGCUGUGACAGAUGUCGAGGCCACAUGUGAGGCUGUGGUUCGUGCCUCCCACCUGCCCAUGUCAGUGAUCAUCGUGGGUGUGGGCGGUGCUGACUUUGAGGCCAUGGAGCAGCUGGACGCUGAUGGUGGACCCCUGCGUACACGCUCUGGGAAGGCAUCUGCCCGUGACAUAGUGCAGUUUGUGCCCUACCGCCGCUUCCAGAAUGCCCCUCAGGAGGCAUUGGCACAGACUGUGCUCGCAGAAGUACCUGCACAACUGGUCUCCUACUUCAAGGCCCAAGGUUGGGCCCCCCUCAAGCCACUUCCACCCCCAGCCAAGGGCCCUGCACAGUCCCCUCAGGCCUAGAUUCCCUUGGAGGGUAAGCUGUGGCCAGUCCUCAGCCCUGUAUCCCCAGUGGUCCCUAUGGGCCCCCUGCACACACUCCCCACUGCCAGCACUUUAUAUUUUAUACUUUUAUACUUGUUCCUGCUAUUUCUGCUCUUGAUCCCAUCUGCUUGCACCUGGAGCCCCUCAUUCAAUAAAGAUCAAUGAAGACUA